CGCCACGCACUGCUACAUACACCCAAGAUGGCCUCCGAUACCGCUGAGACGACGAUCAACGUCCUCGCCACCAUCGCGACGGCGUGCAUUUUCUUCAGCAUGAUCCCCGGCAUGUACACGGUGCACAAGAAACGAAGUACGGCAGGCGUCAACUUCUACCCGCUCGCGAUGAUGUUCGGCCAGAGUAUGGGCUGGGUGAUUUACUCGCUCGCGGAUCACUCGUUCUUUCCGGUGGGAGCGGUCAAUUGCCUGGGUGCUGUGCUUGGCGUUCUCUUCUCGGCCAUCUUCAUCCUGCACGAGAAGGAGCGUCGACUGCGAUACUCCAUCUUCUUCGGCGGUGUAUUCGCACUGGUCAUCGCUCUGCUACUCUAUCGCUUUCUGGGGACGCAAGACGACGACACGAUCGCGAAGGUACUGGGGUACUUUGCCGACGUCAUGGCCAUCAUCAUGUUCGGUUCGCCGCUCGUCCUGAUGGGCGACGUUAUCAAGACCAAGAGCUGCGAGAUCAUUGCGGCACCUAUGGCGGUGUCGGGUUUUGCCAACGGUGCGCUCUGGAGCGCUUACGGCAUCAUGCAGACGGACUACUACGUGCUCGUGCCGAACGCCAUCAGCGGUUUACUGUGCCUGGUGCAAGUGAUUCUUGUUGUCAUUUUCCCGCGUAGCCGAUCGGGCGACAAGAAAGGCGAGCUCUCGGAGAAGCUGUCGGUGGAUCACGAUGUGUAGCUGCCGACAUGCAUGUCGGUCGGGUAAAUAAGAGAUCAUCUUUUAUUCGA